AUGAGGGUCUUCAUCGCCUUCGAUGGUUCCUGUGAGCCUUUUGACGUCUCUCCUGACCAGACCGUGGGGAGCGUAAAACUGAUGGUCAAGGAUUACUUCCACGUGCAACUGUCAGACGACAAGCAGGUGAGGCACUUCCUGGAGCUGAGCUAUGCUGGUGCCAUCCUUCGGGACAGCUGGGUCCUGGCAGACGUUGGCAUCACCCCUAGCAGUGCCAUCUGCUGCCUGCUGAAGCGGGAGCCGGUGGUGCGUGUGUUCAGUGCCGUGACGGGGGAGACCCUCUCAGUCUUGGGCACUGUGUUUCUCCUGAGUACGUCUGUGGCCAGGCUCAUGACCCUGGUGUCCCAGCAGUGUGGGCUUCCCGUCAGCUCCUUCAGACUGAGCUCUCCCACCGGCCUGCAACUCUACGACUGCAACCGGCUGCACGACUACGCCAUUGACCUUGGGGCUACUCUACGGUUGGACACCUGGGAUGGGUGGGCGGAGUUCCUCAGAGGCUGCUUCCUGGGACACAGACUGACCGUCCAACGACACCUGUCUAGAGAGAGACCUGUGAUGAGGUUCCAGCUCCGGAUGGCACUCUACAUCGCUGCUUCUCUGGGCCACCUGGACCUGGCCGGCUGGCUGCUGGAGAGGGGGGUGCGUGUCAUUGAGCCGGUGGGGGUUCACCCUUACCGUGAGUGGUGCCACCAGACGGCCCACCCCGACGUCGCCAAGUGUCCCGCUGUCGCCUCCAUCGAGCGCGGCCAGCUCACCAUCCUCAAACUCUUUAUCGCCAGCAGCGUUCUGACCCUCCUGUCGGGAUCCCCAGGGUCGUGACCCCUGAGGAUCGCCCUUCAGUACAGCCACAGGGAGUGUGUGAGUCACCUGGCCACCAAGCUGUGCUCUGUGGUGGUCCUCCCAGGUAUGGCCCUGCCCAUGCGGACAUACCUCCAGAUAAAGGGCUGGGUGAGGCUGGGGCAGAGGAGGGCAGCAUCCAGGCACUGCAUGGGCCUCAACAGGGCUCCGUUCAGGACCAGGGUGGGCGACACGGUCCUGGUGGACGGCUUCACCCUCCCCAAGAUGUCCUCCAAGCCCAGGAGGAGUGAGGCCAAGGCGGGUAUCAGGGUGAUGUCCACAGCCUCUCGACGUUUGACCCCCAUCAACUGCCCAUCUCAUGUAUCCUGCCCGCUCCGCGCCCUGGCAUCCCAGCAUAAACCUCUUCAACUACCGAAGCUACACCCUGUGGCCACGAGGGAUGAAAGAGAGAAGAAGAGGGGAUGUGGAGGGAAGGGAUGUGAGGAGGAUGAGAUUGGGGAUCAGAACAGCAACCAAUGGAGGAGCAGAGUUCCGCUCCCGCCCAUUUCCAGAGACACCAAUCUCAGACCUGUGUUUGCCUCGCCAAACUCCGCCCAGAUACUCACCACCUCACUGGAGGCCUUUCCUCUCCACUGCGACCGCACACCCAGAGAAAACGCCAUAUACUGUUUGGCCUUGGCCAGUGCCUUCACACAGAGACCAUGGUUGCAGCAGCUGAAUGUAGCGCGGACUCUGGCCAGGAGGAGUGCUCAGCACAUUGGGUAGACACCAGGAUCCUGGUCAUUAGGCAGAUUAAACAUACUGAAACAAGGAGGAACAACCUGGAAUUGUCCAAAAAUGAAAUAUUAUUUGAGUUUUUAUUUUAAUUUUAUACAGUGAACAAGAUGAGACUUUGGAACGGAUGAUGCCUGAAACAAUGCGGACGACUUAGAAUUUCGUUCCUUUGGAUGAGGCUUAUAGAUAUAGUCAGUACUGUGUUUGAUUUGUGUGCAGAAAGUUUACAACGGCAGGCAGUGGAUUCUCAGUCAUUCCUUGGAUUUACACAGCAACAUAGCAGACAGCUUAAAUAGUUUAUUUUUAUUUAACCUUUAUUUCACUAGACAAGUCAGUUCAGAACAAAUUCUUAUUUACAAUGAUUGCCAAACCCGGACGACGCUGGGCCAAUUAUGCGGCACCCUAUGGGACUCCCAAUCACUUGGGAGUGGGAAGGAUACCAAAUCCAAUAUCACACACUUCUUCCUUAGUAUUCUGAGAACUGUCAGAUAGCUGUGAGAGCUAUGAGUGGAUCGUGGACCCAUGCAUAAAUUAUAACUUUGCUGUAACUCAGUGGGGCAAGUAGAACAUCCGGGUUAGUGUAUGUUCAUUGAAUCGCUGUCAUUGAGUUGCUCACUGGACAAGACAAUUAUUCAAUGAAAAUUAAAUCUGUCUUUCAUUUCACUUUUGUUGAUAUUUGAUUGGCUAUUUGCUGUCUUUUGAAAAUACAAAAAUAAAUAUAACUGUUUUAUGAAGCACUUGUAGACAUUCAUUGUUUUCAAAAUCAUAUUUUCAGCAAAACAGAUACAUCAGUUUACAAUAUGACAUCAAAUCAAAUAAAAAUAAAUAACUGUUUUAUGAAGCUGAAAAUAUGAGUCAAGUCAUUAGACUGCUGAA